AUGAAGAAAAGAAUUGAAAAAAGAAAUGUGACAAAUGUGUUCCGUAUAUGUUUAAUGCAUCGAGACGUAGUUAGAAACAUGCGAGAAUGUAAAAAGAAGGCACAAAAGCUGUCUGCAACAUAUAACGAAACACAAACGGGAGAUCACACAAUGCGCAACUUAAUCAUAUUGAAACUACAUUGUAUUUAUUGCAAUCUGCUAUUCACUUCAUUUUCUACAACAUUGUUUGUCGCCAUUCUGUGA